CAGUCAUCCUGGUAGCCUGUAAUCAUCAUGCUCUGGUCUUUCUGUUUCGAGCGGGCGUAGAACAUGCAUGGAACAUGUAAUCUGUGAGCUCGUGAUCGCUUAUGUUCACGAGAAAACAGGGGACGGAAAAAUAAUAUACUAAAAUCAAGGGAGAAAAAAGAAAACAUGGGUUAUCUCUGCAGUAGCCGCUCUGCCCAAUAUACCACCAGUUAAGUAAAGCCCGGGAGAUCCUGGUAAAAGUCGACGAGGGGUCGCAAAGGUGGCCCAUCCUCUUUCUCUCUAUACUGAACCAGACAGGGGGGUGGUCUUGGCGGUCCGCAACUUCGGAACUAUAGGUAGUAUUUAUCGCAUAUUAAACGCUCGCUCGUCAUGAAUAAUAAGACUGACACGUUGUACUCCGUAUUUCGCGAUAAGUGGAAUUCUGCCUACGGAGGAACUCGGCCUAUUGAUUCGUUCCGCACUCGCUGACCAAAUAUGGAGACUUGAUUACCUAAGGAAACCCUCUGUGUGUGUGUGUGUGUGUGACUUUUUCCUGGUGGUUGUCUGUCAGUCAAAAAAGACUCAGUUAGCCCGAAAAGGCGGGCUUGCGGCCGAUUGUCGUCGAGCUCCCCGUUAGAGACAACUUGACUCAUUGUUCUUGGAGCUUGGGCCUUAUCGUUAACACUAGGGAAGGUAGCUACCUGGUAGUGUAGCCGAUAUUAGUUGGGGAAAGCAUCGGCGGCGUAGACAGACAGUCUGAUCUUCCGUGUGGGCCGGUGGGAGGAGUGGGAGGGAGAGAGCGAGAGUCUAGGAGCGAGCCCAGAAGAGGUUCAGAUGCGCAAAGUCCGACUACCGGACGGAGCACGGAGUCCUCCGUUCAUGCUCGCAAAUUCCCUAUUGGUAUGGCGCCGAAAAUCUCAUAUGGUCAAUCGGUCAGGACGCAAUCUCGUUAAUCGCGCGAUAUGCCGUCUUGAUCUCGUCCAUUCCCCUAAAUCGCAGCGCAGCUGCACAAGGUUUUCGCUACCAGAGAGUCGUCACGGUCAAUCAUCAGGCACGGAUUGGCGUACCGAUUUCCGACCUGCGACUAAAAGUGUCCCCAUCAUCUUAAAGGUGCCUUAGUCUACCGACUUAAUCAAAAAUCCUAAGGCGCGUGAGAAAUUGCUG